GGUCUACGGCUUGCCGGUACCCCGAGUCUCUCUGGGGCAGAGGGGAACCCUGGGAGCGUGACAGCCCCCGGUACCCCUAAGCGUAAGAGGGCCUUAUUGACUCCUAGAAUUUAGAAGGGACUACCCCAGGCCGUGUCCUCGAGAGAAAAGAAUCCCCUCGGUCCUUGGCCAUCCCUUGCUCCGGUGCGGCGAAAGUUCCCACCUCGAAGUCUCCAAGUUGGCCACCAGCAUGUUCAAGCUGACUUCACUGGACCCUCCUGGUAGAAACCAGCCAAAAAGGUUGUGUCUGUCUCUCAGGGCCGGUCUCUGUGUCAAAAACAUAGGCCCCUCCCCCGUUACUCUGAACGAAGGGGCUGCCCUUGUUUCGAAGAGAAACCAUUCUGGAGAACCCCGGCCUGUGCGUCCCAGGAGGCUCUCUGACCUCUAUGCGAUGUGGCUUCAUAACUAGUAUUUACGUAAGACAGAAGAGAAAGAUGUCAUUCCGUAAAGUUAACAUCGUCAUCCUGGUCCUGGCUGUUGUUUUCUUACUGGUUUUGCACCGUAACUUCCUUGGCCUGAGCAGUUUGCUAAAGAAUGAGGUUUCAGAUUCAGGAAUUGUGGGGCUUCAGCCCAUAGACUUUAUCCCAAAUGCUCCCCAUCAUGUGGUAGAUUGGAGACAAGAGGAGAUUCCUGUGGUUAUUGCUGCAUCUGAAGAUAGGCUCGGGGGGACCAUUGCAGCCAUAAACAGCAUUCAGCACAACACUCGCUCCAAUGUCAUUUUCUACAUUGUUACACUCAACGGCACAGCAGACCAUCUCCGGUCUUGGCUCAGCAGCAGUACCCUGAAAAGCAUCAGGUAUAAAAUUGUGAUUUUUGACACUAAACUUUUGGAAGGGAAAGUAAAGGAGGAUCCUGACCAGGGGGAAUCCAUAAAACCAUUAACCUUUGCAAGGUUCUACUUGCCUAUUCUGGUUCCCAGUGCAAAGAAAGCCAUAUAUAUGGAUGAUGACAUAAUUGUGCAAGGUGAUAUUCUUGCCCUCUACAAUACACCACUGAAGCCAGGACAUGCAGCUGCAUUUUCAGAAGAUUGUGAUUCAGCCUCUACUAAAGUUAUCAUCCGUGGAGCUGGAAACCAGUACAAUUAUAUUGGAUACCUUGACUAUAAAAAGGAAAGAAUUCGUAAGCUUUCCAUGAAAGCCAGCACCUGCUCAUUUAAUCCUGGAGUUUUUGUUGCCAACUUGACAGAAUGGAAAAGACAGAAUGUAACUAACCAGCUGGAAAAAUGGAUGAGACUCAACAUAGAAGAGGGACUGUACAGCAGAACACUUGCUGGCAGCAUCACAACACCCCCCCUGUUGAUUGUAUUUUAUCAGCAGCACUCCACCAUUGACCCAAUGUGGAAUGUCCGCCACCUUGGCUCCAGUGCCGGAAAACGAUAUUCACCCCAGUUUGUAAAAGCUGCCAAAUUACUCCAUUGGAAUGGACACUUUAAGCCAUGGGGAAGAACUGCUUCAUAUACUGAUGUCUGGGAGAAAUGGUACAUUCCUGACCCAACAGGCAAGUUUAGCCUAAUCCGAAGACAUAUGGAAAUUUCAGAUACAAAGUAAAAUAUAAUUUAUGCUAUAAGCCUUUCUCAGGAAAUCCUGGAAGAUAGUACGUGUGAGAAGUAGCAGGUGUGGCAACCCAUGGAAAAAGGGACAUUUCAACAGUAUAAAGAGGACAAGUAGCACUGCCUGGCAGUCAGCUUCCGUGCUGGACUACGUCUGUCUCUAGUGUUUGCUUACUGCAGUGCUGAAUGACCAGAGGUGAUGAACUGAUAAGGCUGGUACAGCCAGUUCAAUACUGCUGCUUGAUUUUAAGUUUGUAACCUGUGGCCCGAUCUAUAAUAAAAUGAAACCUACAUUUUUCAA